GUUGUCAGGAGUAACGGGCAUUGACGUCAAUCGUUGUGUUGUGAUUGGUCAUAACCAUUUCCGGUGAGGCAACCGUCCAUCCAAGGACUGUGAGAAAGCCCGUGUAAACGGAGUUAAACACGUACAUAGACUCAUCCAAGCGACUCAGCAGGUCACUAUGGCGUCCAGCAGUACGAGCAGUGAAGAAGAGAGGAACUUGCGGGAGUGUGAGCGCUACGUGCAGAAGCACAACAUCCAGCAGCUGCUGAAGGACUGCAUUGUGCAUCUGUGCACUAACAGGCCUGAAAGACCCAUGGCUUUCCUCAGAGAGUACUUCGAGAGGCUUGAGAAGGAGGAAGCUAAACAAUUGGUCAGCCAGCAGAAGUCCAGCUCUCGCUCAGACUCCCGUGAAGAUGAGGUUUCUCCUCCCAUGAACCCUGUGGUUAAGGGCCGACGGCGCCGCGGUGCCAUCAGUGCAGAGGUCUACACCGAGGAAGACGCAGCGUCUUAUGUCAGAAAGGUCAUUCCUAAAGAUUAUAAAACUAUGGCUGCUCUUGCUAAAGCGAUUGAAAAGAAUGUGCUCUUUGCUCAUCUUGACGACAAUGAAAGAAGUGACAUAUUUGACGCCAUGUUCUCAGUCACUUACAUUGCAGGAGAGACCGUGAUUCAACAAGGGGACGAGGGGGACAAUUUUUAUGUUAUUGACCAAGGUGAAAUGGAUGUGUACGUCAACAACGAGUGGGUGACCAGUAUUGGAGAGGGUGGCAGUUUUGGGGAGCUGGCUUUGAUCUAUGGGACUCCCAGAGCAGCCACUGUCCGAGCAAAGACCAACGUCAAGCUGUGGGGGAUCGACCGGGACAGCUACAGGAGAAUACUCAUGGGAAGUACUCUGAGAAAGAGAAAAAUGUAUGAGGAAUUCCUUAGCAAGGUCUCCAUUUUGGAGUCUCUGGAUAAAUGGGAACGGUUGACAGUUGCUGAUGCCCUCGAGACGGUCCAGUUUGAAGACGGCCAGAAGAUUGUUGUGCAGGGACAACCAGGAGAUGAAUUUUUCAUUAUUCUAGAGGGUUCGGCAGCAGUCCUGCAGCGACGGUCGGAGAAUGAGGAAUUUGUAGAGGUUGGAAGACUUGCACCAUCUGACUACUUUGGUGAGAUCGCUCUCCUCAUGAACCGGCCUCGUGCCGCCACCGUGGUUGCUCGCGGCCCGUUGAAGUGCGUAAAACUGGACCGUCCGCGGUUCGAACGCGUGCUCGGCCCCUGCUCAGAUAUCCUGAAGCGAAACAUUCAGCAGUACAACAGCUUCGUGUCUCUGUCCGUCUGAGGCGCUCUAGGCUCUUUCCUCCUCUAUUGCAGGGUCCACCAAUGCAAAUCCGCUUUAUUUUCUUACUUUUCUUUAUGCAUUUUCCAACACCCAGGUGCCCAUUGACUUCAGUGUUCUCUCUCUCUCUCGCUAUCUGUUUGUUUGAUUCGUGCUGUACCCUGUCGCGUUCGUAUCCAUCAUAGAUUUACCAUAAGGCUGAUUGUUAGUUUUGCCUGAGAAACGAGCCAGUCAUUGUGCCACAGAUGCCUGUCAUGUGAACAUGUUGAACUAACAAGGUCUGUUGGGAUUGUCUUUCUCCUCCAAAUUGCUUGACGUUUCUGUAUAACAGUGUUUCGAAUGGAAUGAAGGAAACCAGUGGCAGGGUUAACAGUCAUGUAGUCUAUCUAUUCAGUGUAUGAUGAUCUUAAUUGAGGCAUCGGGUUUCAGAAUCUGUUUCCCCUCGCUCAUUUCAAGCAUUUGAGUAUAGGGAAGCCAAAGGCAUAAAUCCAUGUGUGUUAUAUUGUUUUACUGGAGGUACUGAAGUUAAAAUGUCACCAUGUUUAUCAUGGUGAUUAGCUUUGCUCUUUUAUUGUUAUUGCUGCACAUAUAUAGUGUAUGUAAAUUAUUAUAUAUUAGAAGUAAAUGACCACAACCAUAUUUUUUUGCACAGUUUGAUAUCUAUAGAUACGUGUGUGUGUGUGUUUUAUAUAUAUAUAUAUAUAUAUAUAUAUAUAAAAUACACUUUAUAUGCGCCUGCUGUUUUUCAUUGUGGCAUGUGAUCCCAUUUCAUUGGACUUUUUCAUUUUCUGUUGGAUGUUUUGUUCUCCCUUCAUCCUUCAUGCUACACACAGGCUUGCACUGGACUCACCAACAUUAGACAAAUCUCCUUUUAAAGUUAGGUUUUGUUUCGCAUUUUCUCCCUUCUGAAAUGCCACCUGCUGCAAAUGCUUUUCUUUGUUUGUUUCCCCCACAAAAAGGUGAUGUUAUCUUGUGUUCAACAUUGCGUUUAAGUUCAGAAAAAAGUAGGAAUGUUUGGUUUUGAUGAAUUAAGAAGGGUUACAGAAAUGUAAUGGUUAAUGAAAUCUGACAGAGUAUGUGAGGAUGCUCCUCGACAGGAAGUGACCACUUGGUGACCUCUUUAACCAAGUGAAGAUCCCAUGUGAUGUGUAUGAGAACUGUUUUGAAAUCCCAAAUGCCCCCCUUUCUUUCUUUCUUUCUAAUUUUUUUUAACAGAGCAGGACUAAGACAAGUAGUUUUCAAAUGAUCAGUGUCCUUUUUUGAUCGAGAAUUAAGAAUAUACUCCUUAGUUAAAUCACAGUCUUAAAACAGGGCCAGUAUUUACCGCUUGUGUUGAGGUCAUGGGGUUCGGAUCCAUCAUAUAUAGAUGUGCGAUCCACUACUGCCACCAUCUUAAUCUCUUCUCAGAUAUUGUUCUUGGGGUUCUCGGAGUUUUGUUGUACGAUUUUACUGGGGGGUACAAUAGUGUUAACUGUUGUUGAAGGUAGAUUUUAAUUGUCACACAGAGAUAUUCUUGUAUUAUUUGAAAACAGUUGAUGUGAAUUUUAAAUUUGUGUAUUUUUGUUUCCCACACAUCUUGUGUUAUGUAGUUACACAGCUGUCCAGCUCCUUUAUACUGCAGACUCGAGCUAAUUUAGGCUUUGAAAAGUGCCUUAUUUCUUUACUUUCAUAGUGCAUAGCCAACAGAAAUGUCCUUGUAGUUUUUUCCCCUCCCAAAUCUAUUCAUAAUGUCAGCUUGUUACCUGUAUUAUCUGUAAACGACAAUAUAUUUUUUUUCAUCGGUAUAUACAGAUAUCCUUAGCAGUGUCAUUUAUUUAGACUUGAAGCUCCAGGAAUUAAGAGUUUAUUUAACUGAACUGUCCCAAAAUUGCUAUGUUAAUUAAAGAAAGGUGCAAGUAAACUGACCUAGAUUUUGUGUUUUUAUCUUCAACGUUUGACUUUGUCCGACUGACCACACGGAGGAAUCCUUUUCUUUUACCUCUCUGACGCUUGAUGUAAGGCCUUUACUGCAGUCUUCUGGGAAAAGAUGCUCAUUCCCCGAUUCUGCCCCUUUAGACUGGAUUAUAAUUUCAGAAUCGGUCAAAUCUUGGUGCUGUAGCUUUAAAGACACAAUCUGCACCCUUAAUGAUAUGUGAAGAGUAGCCUUUGAUUAACCUGUUCUACUGUCUAUUCACUGAGUGGUUUAUGCCUCAUGGUGGGGUUGAAUAAAUAAACAUGUUGAAGUAAUUUAUAUAGCCCUUAAUGUAAACUGUGACACCAUUUGUUAAUAAAAUUGCUAAAUGGUGUACUUGUUAUUGCUCAUAUAUGCAUUGCUUUGUUCAUUUAACUUAAUUUGGCAGUGCAGAAUAGAUCAAAUGAACCAUAAGUCUUUCCCGGUUUUCUGUAGACUGCAUCAUUUAAACUUGUAAUUCGCUCCCUUUUAUGAAUAAAUUAAGUGACUUUUUCCACAGCUAACUCAAUUUUCUGCUUGCUUUUAUUGUGAUUUAUUUACAACUUCAGGCCCUGUUUCUUGAAGAACAUUCACUGAUACACUAGAAGUGAGCUUGUACCCCCCCCCCCCCACCAACCUUUUUUUAAAGUUUUCUUUUCAUUCCCUGUUUGUGACUGCCGAUGGUGUUUUCUUCUGAGGUUUUCAGUAAAAUUGUGUUCUAGUAUAUACAGAGGAAUUGGUAAAUUUGCUUGUAGGCUUAGAGACUCCUGUUCACCCAUUCUUCAGUUUGAUUAGCCAUCAGCACAGAGAGUUGUAAGAUGUAAGAGGACCAUUUUUCUAUUAUUCUUUUUCUAUAACUGUGUAUGGUUUGAUUUCAUUGGAUGUGCUCCAGUUGUAAAUCUUUUGGUAUAGAUUGUCCCAAUGGCAGGUCAAGCAAUAAAAUGAUUAAUUCUUGAA